AUGUCCCAAUUAACGUCCCAUGUGCACGUGAGCCUAUCACUUGCGUUGCUAGCGAUCGUGCUGCUCUGUACGAUCGAUGGAGCACCGUCCAGCGCAUCACAUAAUCCGGAAGCGAAAGCAAGAAAACAGAACAACGAUAAUUCGGCCACUGGCAGCCCCCCUACACACGGCGGCGGCAGACCGUCGCUUACCACGUACGAUCAGCGCCAGAAUGGCAAGUACAACAUUCACGUCAACAUUAAAGAUGUGAAAAUAAUUGCGGUGGACGGUGAGAAUCUGGAGGGCAAUUUGGGGGAUGACACCGUGUACGAUUACGGAGACUACGAUUACGAUCCUGCUCAUCUGACCAUCAGCCCGUUACCGAUCUUUGGUUCCGGUUCCGUGUCCAUCACAAAGCCACCUAAAUCCACGACGAAAGCACCAUUCACCACGACUACUGCAGCGACGACGACGACGAGCACAACUAAGCAGCCCAAUGCUCAAUCGAGUUCUACCGGAAGUGUGCCCGUGAAAGAUGGCAUGGCGAAACCACAUCUGAAGACGAAUGAUAGUUCAUCGAUAGUCCAUCAUGAUCAGCCCGCGGUCACUGACCAAUCCGUCACCGCUACCAGCACAGCAUCGGACCCACCCGCGAGCAAUAUAAUCGUGAUUAAACCAACCCCACCGCCGGUACAGUACGAUUACCAGGAAAUCCCGGUACAGGUGAUAGUGGAUCCUAUAGUACGGCCAAAGUAUCGCAGCAACCAUCAGGUUGCGUUUCCGCACUCGGCGGCAUUCCAUCGUCAGCACGAUCGGCACCCGAUUCGAAGAAGUUCGAUCCAAUGCCACGAAGGCGAAUAUCGUGAUCGCGAAGGAAACUGUAGGGCACGCCGGUCUGGCAUCCUCAAACUGUUCCGUCUGUUAUCAUCGCUGAACGAGAAAAAUGACUGAAUGGGGACAAAGGCGAACGUACUAAACUUCGAGUUCGUGCCCGGCUUGAUGAAUGGGAA